AUGGUGCCCCAACUCGCGUCCAAAGACGAUGUCCCGUCCAUCGUCGCCAUCUUCCGCACAUGCUUUAGCGAUGACUACUUCCACGCCGUGUUCCCGCCCACGGCCACGGGCGACGCCUAUCUAACCCAAGCCUUCACCUACUUCAUCGACCCAUCCCAGCCUGGGCAGAUCCACGUCCUGAAAGACGAAAGCGGUCUCAAGUCGAUGCUCCUCUGGUUCACAGAGAACGGGCCCGAGAAGACGCAGGGCUGGCGCGGACGCGGAUGGCCCGCCCCGUAUGAAGGGAUGAGUUUGGACAAGAUACAAGAGUUCUAUGGGGCGAUGGACGCGCAGCAUGACGCCACCAUGGGCGGGAAGAAACAUGUUUACAUCGAACUGAUCAUGACCCAUCCGUCUGCUCGUGGGCAAGGCCAUGCCAGCAAGCUGGUGAGGCAUGUGGCUUCUGUAGCUGACGGGCGGGAUGUAUAUCUGGACGCCCAGGGUCACGCCAUCGGUCUGUACGAACGGCUGGGGUUCAAGGUUGUAGAGGGCAUCAAGAUGAGUGAGCUCAUGACACCCAUGGUUCGGUCAUGCCAUGAGUGA